GCUAAAUAAUGUUGUUCCGGUCGCGGUGCGUUUUGUACUCACUCAUCGACGACCGACGGGGCCAGUUCGACGACGAUUUUCCUCUCUAAUCCGCAAUCGAGAAAGCAGCGCGUGGAAGAAAAAUGAACAGGACAGGGAUCGUGGCGAUUUGGGUUUUGGCGGCGGCGAUUUUCUGCCCCGGCGGCGCCCGUGCUGACGACAAAUCGAAAUUCGUGUGGCGCAAUUGCAGCCCAGAAAACGCCACCGGCACCCUCAUCGAUGUGGUGGUUAAAGACUGCGACACAGAAAAGUGUGCUCUGGUAAGAAACGAAAAUGCCACGUUGACCAUCACCUUCAAGUCAAAUGUGCUGUCGAAAUCGGUGAGAGCCAGAGUGCAAGGAGAACUCUUCACUUACAAGCAACCGUUCCCCUUGCCCAAUCCGACUGCCUGCGAAGAGGUGGGACUGACGUGCCCACUGCAACCCGACACUACUUACGUCUAUACAAACACCAUUUUCGUGAAGCCCAGUUAUCCGAGAGUGACCGUAGACAUCUAUUGGGAGUUGAAGGACGACCAGGGAAAGGACCUGUUCUGCGCCGUUAUUCCCGCUCAUAUUGUUCCCGAAAGGAGGAAAUGAUCUUGUGAAUAUUUUACGUGUGUAAUUCGCCUCAAAUUAUAGUAAAAUAAAUAUCGAAAUUACAACACUACUUGUCUAGAUGCUUAUUAUUACUUAAGAUAAAAAU